AUGGAUGUGGUGGUAGAUAUUCUCGAGUUUUGCAAAGCAACUAAUCUCACGCAAACUUUGGAGUCUAAUGCAAUGGAUUGGAAUAGGGAUCUUUCGGGGUGUCGGAGAUCGAGUCAGGAGCACCCUGGGAUACCAUGCUUCCUUCUCGGUCACUCAAACUGAGGGGCAGUGGGUAUUAAAGGCAGCUUACAUAUCCUACGCAUUGAAGAGUUUGUUGAGGAAUACUUGACCUCGCCAGCUUUGCGUGUUAAGCCGGCACGACCCAUUGUUGGGGCUGUGGCUCCUAUCUUUCCUAGUUGUCCAAGGUUCCAAUUUAAAGGAGCAAACAAAAAGGGGCAUCCCCAGUUUUCUAGAGAUCCCCCUGCAGCACUUAUGGCCAGUACUCUGAUCCACCUGGUCUACACAGGGCCGAUAAGGGUCCGAACUGGCCAUGAGAUAUUGCGUAUAUUCCUCUUACCUGAUGCGUAACUUCAAAGUCCGUGACUGGUACAUUCUUUUGUUCUUCAUGGAACUGGCUUGAUAAAGGUAAAACAAGAUCCACUAGCAUCUCAAGGAUUUGUACAACGAGGCAGCCUCCAUGUUCAAGACAUAAAGAUCUAUGAUGGGCUUUUGCAUGACUCCUCUUUGAAGCCUGAGCGUGAAGAGAUUGGGGCAGGAUCAUAUAUCAGCUCGGAUGGAGAAGAAAUUAAGGUGCAGUUCCGAAAAAUGUUCAUAAGUUUCUGGUAA